AAAUAACAUCAGCAAGUUAGAGAAAACGUUUUAAACUAUCGGCUUAUAUUUGUUUUUACGAUAUCGAAUCAAUACCAUAUAACAAAUACUGGGUCGAGUCUCUUGAUCCCUCACCAUUUCGGAGAUCGAUCAUAUAUUGCACCGUCGUGAAAACGUUUCUGCACUUAUCCCAGAGGAACGGGGCGAACCACAAUGUCGAGGGUUUCCGUCACCCGCAUAGGUUACAUCUGUUAUAAGCCUAGUAAUGGAAACUACGCGAUGCGCGAGUAAUUCUCGCGGUGCCUGCGUUAAUUUGCUCGAGCAAACCUUGCGUCUCGUCCGUUGUUGCUUCAGAAAUUGAUAUCACGUGAUCGUACCUUUCGGUACGGUGCCGGAUGUCUCGCGAAAUUGAGUAAACGUACGAGACGAAGUGACGAUUAACGACUGAUUGAAGAUAGAGUGAGAUCGAGUGUCCUUUGAUGAUGGAGCAGAAUAUAAUAAUAAGGAGAAUAAUAUUUCAUAUAAUAAUGUUCCAGACUUGGGUGAAUAUCAAGCGUCGAAGAUGUUAAAUAGAUUCGUGUAUGCAAUUAGAAAUGUCGAACAGGCCUGAAUAUUAUCAAGAACGGGUAAAUGACGGAUAACUGGAGAUAGAAUGAGACUGGGUGCUCUUCGACGAUGGAACAACGAAUUUUCUUAGUAAGGAGAAUAAGACUUGAACCAUUAACUUCCAAAACGAGUAAACGUACUGGACGUGAAUUCACGAUUAACGGAUGAUUAGAGGUAGAAUGGGAUCGACUGUCGUUUGACGAUGGAGCGAUGAAUAUAGCAGUAAGGAGAUCGAGAUCUUGAUCAGACUUGGAUCAGACUUGAUCAGCAUCGAAUAUCAAAGAUGUUAAACUGGUUGGUGUAUGCGGUUAGAAAUAGUGAACGGGGUUGAGUAUCUUCUGAAACAAGCAAAUUUGAUCAGUAAAUAGCUGCAGACUUUGGUCAGACAGCCGAUGAAUAUUGAAUAUCGGAGAUACUAAAUCGGUUACAGUUUGUAGUAAGAGGUACAAUAAACUCGAGUACGUUUUACCACUGGCAAAGUGGAUUCGAUGGGCCGGUACUACGAAACUUUGAUCAGACAUCGAUGAAUAUCGAAUAUUCCAGCCAUCGAGUUUGCCAGAAUUUAUGAAUUCGGAAGGAGAUUAAUGUGUGUAUGAACGUGAGUAGAUAUUUAAUCGGCGUUUAAUUAUAGAGAUUGAGAGGACCUUACGAAGAUUAAAGUAAUAGAUAAUCGAAAUAUCUUAAACGCGAAGUACAUGUUACGCAUGUCUUUAUAACGUUAGAUUAUUGCUAGAUUACAAAGAUUUUUCUUUAUUUUUAUUCGUUUAAUCGAAUGGCUUUACAUUAUGUUAAUCCUUGUAAUAUAUUUGAAGCGUAUCGAAUGUGGUUUAUAAUAUUGAAAAGUUGGAGCAAUUUAAUUAUAUAAUUUCAAUUUCCAAUAAUUUACGUUCACAAUUAAUUUAUUAAUUCAUAAGUAAGAUACAUCAUCGUUGAAAAACUCUCAGGUACUUAUUUACUUUUGACAGAAUGCAAUUUAAUUAAAAAGUGGAAGGUGAAAGAACCUGGUGACUUUGUUUCUUUCUACUUUCGCCGUUGUUCAAUAGCAAAAUACUAUCCUGUGAUUAAAUCGACUUCUUAGGCAUUCAUUAGGCAAUGAAUGAAUUGGUUUUAUCAAGUAUUAAGUCUCGAAGACUCGUUUGACUAUUGGAAAAGCUUCUUACCUUUAGAUCGUUUAAUUUUUAAACUAUAAAAGGCGAAUGAAAUAAUUCUUUCGUCGAUGCAAAUAUCAUCGCGAUUAAUUCCAACAGUAAUAUUGAAAAUCAACGAUUAUCUCAACGGACCACGCAUAUAAUUUUAAAAUACAUCAUUAGUAAAUACACGAAUAAGUAAUUUACGUUCGUCGAUUGCAUUCUCUCUAAAUUUGCAAAUUCCACGAAAACUUGGAAAUUAUUGGGUCGAGCAAUAAGUUCAUUCGCUGUUCAUUAACAUGUACAUCUCGAAAAAUGUUACAAAAGUUGUAAAAACAAUGUAAAGGUACGUGUAUAAAGAAAUAAGAUAAAUAAAUUAUUCCUUGGUUAGAUAAAUUUCACAUGAGAAUAGUAACACUUGACGGUGCCUUUUUUCAGAGAAAAUAAACUUAAUACUGAACCUAGUAUUAUUAUACUUUUAUUCUUUUAUAUAUCUUGAAUUCACACACGAUAAUACACGCAACGAUAUACGCACUAUACAAAAUUGCUCUGAAAAUAUUCGAUCGAAGCAAUUCUGAAAUUCCAUUCCACGUCCUAUUGACAUAUGUCAGAAUUCAACGUCUCUCGCAGAAUCUCUAAACCGUCCUCUCGGCUUUAAUUCGGUAUCGCUGACUCAUCGGCACAGCGAGGAACGCGUCCCGCUGAAAAAAUAAUCAGCACGGCCGCGCCGCCCCUUUAACGGAGGAACGCGCAGGGGUGCGCACGGUUUUCGUCUCAUAGGAAUCGGCGGGGUGCGUGAAACUUUUCCAAGGGUAUAGUGAUAGUGCCGUGGACCACCGCCAGGGCGACAGUUGGCGCGCUUGGGCGCGGUAACCAAGGUUACCAUGCGCAUGGGCAAUGACAGAAUUCGGGGCAUCGGUUGUGGAGCACACUACGGGGGUGGUUUUUCGCGUUGGCACACCCGGGCGGUUAGCUGGGCGGUGUCUGCAGCCUUCACUUUCCUUCUAAAAAUCGAAGGCUACGGAGCUGGUAGCCGCCUUUUUUCCUCUUUUUCUUCCUGUCGCUAUCUUUCCCCCCUUUGUCACACUUUCCCUCCUUUUCCGUUCGUAACGCCAUCGCGUCUGUCUUCCGUCCGCGGACCGCCGUGCAGUCUCGCGUUUGUCAUUCUCCUAUCCUCCUCCUCCUCUUUCUGUCUUUGUCUUUCUCUUUCUCGCACGCACACAGAACAGGCCGUUCUUCUUUUCUUCUGCGGUAGAGCGCAGUGACACGUGUCACACGGGGAACGGCGGCUACGAAGCAGACACCCCCGUGGGUGCACGUGCAGCCUCGCGGUACACGCGCCAAAACAAGAAAAAAGUGAAAGUGCUUCGAAAGAGCAACGUCGCCUGUAACUAUCGAUGAUGUUUCUAGUACAGCCAGUGCUCACGAUGACGUGCCGGUGGUUGUCGGUUUUCAGACUGGAAACGUUGGUUCGCGCGACGAUGGACUGAUCGACGAGUCAACCAAGAGAGAGAGAGAGAGAGAGAGAGGGAGAGAGGGAGAGAGGGAGAGAAAGAGAGAGUUGGUGUGAUAUCCGACUCUUGUGGUAGUAUCCAUUAUAGGAUCGCAGGAAGUCGAAGAGCGGAUCGUAGCAGGAAGUUGUUUGAUUCCGCUGCGCCAGUAAAAUUUCCCGGUCACGUGAUCGUCGUGAGGGGUUGCGAAAGAAGGGGAGAGCGGAGCGUGCCGUAGUCGGCGAUACUCCGAGGUGACGAGGGGUGCCUCGUGCAACUACCUCUGUCUCUGUUGGUUGUCUGUCUGGUGGAGAUAGUCGGUGCGUGGUGAUCGACGAGGGAGAAUUGAAAUUGAUGUGCUGGGAGCCGCGUGCUUGGUCAGUUGUACGCGAUGUUCGGUCGAGUGCACAGGGAUCGGUUGUUUUUGACGCGCAGAUAAAAAUGAACGAAAGAAGAGUCUACGAAAAGGGGAGGUCCCUGUAGGAAAGUCUAUCUCUGAGAGAUCGCCGCAAAAUGGACAUGACAAUCGAUGCGUCAAGAUCAGCCAGUCAAGAAGAUUAUCUCGUUUCGAGGAAUCCGAUGAGAUUUUCCAUUCCGAUGAACACCUUCGGUCGUUUCUACGGGCGCGUACAGUGUCGUUAAUCGAUCUGCCGCUAUUGUUCGUGCAACUAUGAGGGCCAAGUGCGAAACUUGCCAGUGUUUACGAAGACUCGACCGAUGAGCGGACAGCGUGGACGUUACAAUCGUCGUUCAGGAUGGCCUGAUUUCCUUCCGGGAAUAGGGUGGAUCGACUACCAAAGCGUCGAACCUUGACACUCGCCGGGCGAACGAAUGAGAAUUGGGUUUCUCGAUUACUCGACGGGAAUCGUCCCCGGAUAUCACUGCCAGAGAAACAGAGAUUUAUUUAGUGUUUGUGUGGGGUAUGUCGUACGAAUUUUAUGGACGACCCGCUUGCAAGGAACAGGAGGUAUUUUCAUCGCGUAAGGGGUAUGACAAUUCCUGCAUUGAUCUCUACAACAUGUUUCUAGUCGACGAUCGUACGUCACAGUGUCUUCCGAAAUAUUAGUUAUCUCGUCCGUACGAAGGCAAGCGCAAUCCGUUUGCCACUCCCGAGUUCCUCUUGUUAUCUCGAAUAAUAAUCGCCAGCGUGAAAUCAAAUUUCGUCUUCCUUCAUCGAAAUAUAUUAACGAGUUGUCGCUUAGAUAGUAAUCUACUACAGUGUAUAGUUGUUAAAAAUUUUCAUGUAAUACACUGACGAAGCUCUGGAAGCAUCGUCGACAAUCUUGGAACUAUCAGUGUUCAGACGAUCGGAUAUCGAAGAAUGACGCACGAGAAGCAACGCAAAUCGAAUCUGAUCAGUUACGUGUACUAGGAGAUACCAAUUUCACUGUAAUAUGUCUCAUCUUCCGUGAACGAUGGCAAGAGCACGGAAAAAAUUUUUUACAAGUUUCAAAAAUUCUCGAAACGACACGAUUCUCGGUAUAGUGAUUCAGUAGUUGGUAAUCUAAUUGCUAGAAAUUUUAUCUUCGACGUUAAAGUAAGAUUUGAAAGAAAGAGAAAGAAGAUUCUUCUGUAUGUCGAAGGUGAAUACUUUCCAAAAUCAUCGACGAAUCAUGGAACUACUUUCCUCGACACUCAAACUUCGUGUGUAUCAACUGGAUCAUCGAGAUACGUAACUUCGCUUUCCAAUACCAUCGAUUAGAAAUAAUUUUUACACUUAAUCGACCUUGAAGCAGGAGAAUCGUGGAGCAGACGAAAAAUACAAAGUCGAGGAAGGAAGACGAGGAGGAAAGAUGCGAGUCGAACUCCUUCUGAUCCUCGGUACGUUCGUGAUCUCCGGCGAUUGCGGCCGGAGGGUAACGAUCAGCGAGUCCGGAGUUCCUGAAUCAUCCAGACGGCGCAAUGGAUCGUUACCGAAAAUGUCGAUCGGAUUAGUGGUGCCGCACACUAAUUUCGGUGUGCGCGAGUAUACGAAGGCCGUGAACCGCACGGUUGGCUUCCUGCGCAAAGGCGGCAAGCUGAAGGGACAGAACAAGCAUUCUGGAUCCAGCUUCCUGGAUAAGUAUGACUUCACGCAGCACUCAGUUCGACUGAGCAUGAUGACGCUCACACCGAGUCCUACAGAAAUUCUGAACUCGCUAUGCAACGAAUUUCUGCCGAUGAACGUGUCCGCUAUCUUAUACCUGAUGAACUACGAGAAGUACGGCCGCAGCACUGCCAGUGCUCAAUACUUUCUGCAGCUGGCCGGUUACUUAGGAAUUCCAGUGAUAGCAUGGAAUGCAGAUAACUCGGGAUUGGAGCGAAGAGCUUCGCAGAGUAACCUACAGCUGCAGCUGGCGCCAUCGUUGGAGCACCAAACGGCCGCGAUGCUGAGCAUCCUCGAGAGGUACAAAUGGCAUCAAUUCAGCGUGGUCACAUCGCAGAUUGCCGGACACGACGAUUUCGUGCAGGCGGUCCGUGAAAGGAUCUCCGACAUGCAGGAUACUUUCAAGUUCACCAUAUUGAGCGCGAUCCUAGUCACCGAUACACGAGAUCUUCUCGAGUUGGUAAACAGCGAGUCCAGAGUGAUGUUACUCUACUCGACAAGGGAGGAAGCCAUCACAAUCUUGGGUGCGGCACACGAUUACAAGAUCACCGGUGAAAAUUACGUGUGGGUCGUAACGCAGAGCGUGAUCGAAAACUUGCAGACGCCCAGCCAGUUUCCAAUUGGGAUGCUUGGAGUACAUUUUGAUACGAGCACGGAACGUCUGGUCAGCGAAAUCACGACCGCGGUGAAAGUUUACGCGUACGGCGCCGAGGAUUUCUUGAACAAUCAGGCAAACAGUCAUCUCAGUCUGAACACUCAGCUCAGCUGCGAGGGAAGCUACGGCGAAUCCCGCUGGAACGCUGGGGAUCUGUUUUUCAAGUAUUUGAAAAACGUGUCUGUUGAGGGCGAUCAGGGGAAACCGAACGUCGAGUUCACCCAGGACGGCGUUCUGAAAUCGGCCGAACUGAAAAUCAUGAAUCUCCGUCCCGGAUUAAGUAAACAACUCGUUUGGGAGGAGAUCGGCGUGUGGAAAUCCUGGAAGAAGGAAGGUCUGGACAUCAAGGACAUCGUCUGGCCAGGAAAAACUCAUACACCACCGCAAGGAGUGCCGGAGAAGUUUUAUUUGAAAAUAACCUUCUUGGAGGAGCCGCCCUACAUCAAUCUCGCGCCUCCAGAUCCUGUGACCGGAAAAUGUCUGGUGGAUCGUGGUGUUCACUGUCGAGUAGCCAAAGAUUCCGACAUGGAUGAGAUGGACGUUCAAGCGGCACAGAAGAAUGAGAGCUUUUAUCAGUGCUGCAGCGGAUUCUGCAUCGACCUGCUUCAAAAGUUCUCCGAGGAAAUCGGCUUCACUUAUGAGCUUGUUAGAGUCGAAGAUGGGAAAUGGGGCACGCUAGAGAAUGGAAAAUGGAACGGUUUGAUAGCUGAUCUGGUGAAUCGGAAAACGGACAUGGUAAUGACAUCUUUGAUGAUUAAUUCUGAAAGAGAAGCCGUGGUUGAUUUCACGGUACCGUACAUGGAGACUGGUAUCGCCAUUGUUGUGGCUAAGAGGACUGGUAUAAUAUCUCCCACUGCCUUUCUUGAACCAUUCGACACCGCCUCUUGGAUGUUAGUCGGCAUCGUCGCCAUACACGCGGCCACGAUUAUGAUACUGCUAUUCGAAUGGUUGUCACCAUCCGGUUUCAACAUGAAGGUAAACCCUUCAGACGCUGCGCAGAAACUGAAGAAUCCAUCGCCCAAUCAUCGGUUCUCCUUCUGUCGGACGUACUGGCUGGUCUGGGCCGUAUUAUUUCAGGCAGCCGUCCAUAUUGAUUCUCCCAGGGGAUUCACAGCCAGAUUCAUGACGAACGUGUGGGCGCUGUUCGCCGUGGUGUUCCUCGCCAUUUACACUGCCAACCUGGCCGCCUUCAUGAUCACGAGGGAGGAGUUUCACGAGUUCACCGGUGUUGACGAUCAUCGUUUGGCCAAGCCAUGGUCCCACAAGCCUAUGUUCAAGUUUGGUACCAUACCUUGGAGCCACACUGACAGCACUUUGGCAAAAUAUUUCAAGGAGAUGCACGCGUACAUGAAGAAAUUCAACAAAAGCAGCGUGGCUGAAGGAAUCGAGGCGGUUAUCAGCGGUGACAUCGUUUCCUUCUGCAACAGAGAAAUGGACGCGUUUAUUUACGACGGAACGGUCUUGGACUAUCUGGUAGCGCAAGACGAGGACUGCCGAUUGCUAACUGUGGGAUCUUGGUACGCAAUGACCGGGUACGGUCUCGCGUUUUCAAGGAAUUCCAAGUAUCUGCAGAUGUUCAACAAGCGCCUGCUCGACUACAGAGACAACGGAGACUUGGAGCGUCUGAGACGGUACUGGAUGACAGGUACCUGCAAGCCAGGCAAAGAGGUACAAAAAAGUAGCGAUCCCUUGGCGCUGGAACAGUUCUUGUCCGCGUUUCUCUUAUUGAUGAUGGGAAUUCUUCUGGCUGCAGCCUUCCUACUUCUGGAACAUUUGUAUUUCAAGUAUGUCAGGCAACAUCUGGCGCGAAGUGACGGUGGUGGUUGUUGCGCACUUUUCAGCUUGAGCAUGGGAAAGUCGCUGACAUUCCGCGGAGCAGUCUACGAGGCGCAGGACAUUCUGAGGUACCAUAGAUGCAGGGAUCCCAUAUGCGACACGCAUUUAUGGAAGGUGAAACACGAAUUAGACAUGGCGAAGAUCAAGAUACGACAGCUGGAAAAGGAUCUGGAGGCUCACGGAAUAAAACCCACCCAGGCCAAGAGGAAAACCGGAAGUCUCGGCUGGUGGCGAGGAUGCUUUCAAAGCUCGGAUCGCCAUUCACAAGCGGAGUCAUUGGCGGUGGAAGCUCCGCAUCCGCUACCGCCAUACUUCGAUUCGGAUUCUCUUGAAUCUAGAUUCAUCGACGCCAUCGAUGUUGCCAGGCCUAGGGACAUGACCAGGAACCACGUGGUCAGCACGGAGUAUAGCGACAAAUUUUUGCCUCCACAGAUCUACAGGAUUCCGGACGACGACGCAGCCAGGACGGAAAUCGCCGAGAUGGAGACAGUUCUGUGAUCGUAGAGAAGCGGCCACGAUUGCCCAGCCACGUCAGCGCGAUCAUAAGCGUCCUUAGGGAGCGGUGUAACUCGCUUUCGCCAUUUUGGACAACGAGCUGUUGCCUCGUUGCCUCGUCGAGGCCAUCCCUCGAAUACGAGAAACCCUCGAAGCCGAGCCGUUUCGAGCAGCGAUCGAAAAACACGAGGGGAGAAAUUAUCGAAGAAGACGAGGGAAGAAAUUACCGAAGAAGACGAGGGAAGAAAUUAUCGAAGAAUACAAAAAACGAGUCUGGUGCACGGGAAGAACGUUCAGUGCCUAUGAAGAAUAUCGAGAUCACGAUCGUUUUUCUCUCGAUGAACGAACUUUUAACCACGACCACGUUUUCCAAGGUCUGUCUGUCUUCGCCACGAAGAGCCGGAAGUGCGCGGUGUUCAUUCUUGUGAUUCUAUCACAUUGAAAUUCUUGGACGAACACGAUUCGUUUCCAGUCUUUGCUACUGUCCUACGAUAGCAUUUCUCUUUUAAAAUAAAAUUUUUGGGGGGGGGGGGGAGACGAAACUUUUGAAAAAGAACGAUUCACACGUUUCGUUGGAAAGUGUGUCGUCUGAAGGGUAGUUGAAAUAAGGGUUGUAAGGAGGGAAUUGAGUGUAUUUAUGCUAUUUCAAUCGCGUAUAUGACACUGUUUGCUGGUAUCGUUUGAUUGGCCUUCUUACGUGAAACGCCUGAUAAUUAGUUUAUUUAUUUCUUGCCUGAUACGUACGUCGUGUAGCUUGCAGAGAUUCUUGGAGAAAAUCUGAAAACUCAGAAAUUUCUAUUUCUCCAUUUGGUUAGAACUUUUAAAUUCAAGCUUGAAAUCUGGACAUUUAUAUUAAGCGGUAAUAAAUCACUGUUUUCGAAAUUGACAACUUUUCGUAACAGACGAUGUCUGUAAUGUCAACGAUUAUUUUUAUUGUAUAAUAUAAGUAUGAGAGAAUUAAGGUUUGGAACCAUGAGUGAUGUUUGCAGACGAUGUUGUGGCUGUUACAAAGGCAAAGAGAACGAAACAACACGAACCUGGAUAAAAGUGGGAAAAAUAAAGAAACCAAACCACAUAAAUUAUAUUCAGGCAGCAACAAUGCAAUAGGUAGUUAUUGAAAAUUCCUAAGUCUUUUGAGAAUCUCGUUAAAACUUUGUACGAAAUAUCGGCCCUUUUUUCAAAAAUAGGGCGUCGACUUCGAGCCAAUAAUUGUUCGUUAAAACGAACGCCAAGGCGAGCAAAUUGCUACAAAAGAAGGAAAACGAUGAAAUAAAAGCUAUAUAUUAAAAAUGAUGGAAGUAAGAAAACCUGUCAACAUCUUGAUGGUAAAAUGUCAAUGUGUACCAUACGAGAUAUAACUAUGACAUUUGAGUAUGUCAUAUAUACAUAUAUACAUAUAUAUUUAAUACGUAAUGUACACACGAGCUACUAUUAUACGUUAAGUAUGUAUAUUGUGGUAAAAAGAACAAUGAAAUAUUCUAAAAGAAACUUAUUUCGAGGACGUAAUAUGCUCAACAACAAGAAAAAAAAGUACACGUAAUAAAGAUCCACCGAGCGUAACGAUUAAAUAAAAUUGCAUCGAGAAGUGUCAGGUGUUGCGUGUCAAAUUUUUAAUAAAAAAAAACCGUGAACAGGAUGAUCCAGUGACGAUUAUUAGCUUGGAUAUUUCGACACUUUCUUUGUCGUAACAAUCUUCUCUAACGAAAAGUAUACGACAGUGAAAAAAUAUUGUACGCUUUGUAAUAGUUUCAUCGAAUGUAUUUUUCUUUCUUUCUUAACAAAAUUGAAAUAGUAUCCAGGGUAUAUUGAUUUGUUAAUGGAUUCAUUGUAUCUUUGGUGUUCUGUACGACCAACAAUUUUAAAAAUGUUCAAACUUACUAAUGUGCUAUUAAAAGAAUUAAUUUCUUUGUGAAUAUAGCGUUUGAAUGCAAUUCAACUUAAAAUUACUAUAAUCAUAAUACCCAACUCAAAGGAUAAAAUAAAUAUCGUCUGAUAAUUUUUAAUAAAAUUUUCUCUUUAUUAAUUUGGUAAAUAUUCCAAGAAUUAAUCUUUGCUGGCUCGUGUUGCAUUUUAAAAUUCGAUCGGUAAGAAAUGCAGAGAAUAAAUUCGGAGUUGAAAUAUUUUACUAUACGUAACGGUGCCUGAAACAGUAAAUUUCAAGCGUGUAACCAUUAAGGUGAAAUAUUUUUUAGAAGCGUCGAUACGAUCGCGUGAUCGUUCAAAGCUUUCGCGCCUAUUCGAGAACCUGACACUUCGCAAUUUCUACAAAUAAAAAGCCAAAAAAAAAAAAAAAAAAAAAGAAAGGAAUAUAAAGUCUAUCCUCGUAAGGAGUAGUUGAAAAAGAGGCAAUUCUUUUGAGCCAAUCGCAGAAAAAACAAAGAUUUUGUGUGUGUGUGUAGGAAAAUCGACAGAGAUAGGAUUAAUGUUCUAAAAUUACGUCCGCUGUACAUAGAACGCAUUGUACCGUGUAAGUCACAAAGUAAACAUUGGAAAGAGAAUUUCGUUCUUUUUCUUUUUUUUUUUUUUUACCAUAUUCAAACGAUUUUCAUGAAAUGAAUUCGCAAUAAGAAACGAAAAUGUAUAUCUUUGCUGUAAAAACGCUGCUACAAUUUCUCGAUCAAGAAAAUUCGAAACGGAGUUGCAGAAGAAUCGAAUUACGAGAGAAGAAAGUUGCAACAAUUUCGAGAUUGUUUCUCGUUGUCCGAUAAUUGUGAUCAAAACUAACUGAUGUCGUUAUUAGAUUUUGAAAUUUCCGGCUCUUAGAUAGUUUGGGUUUUGAAAAUCCAUCGAUCAUCGGUUUCCGAGGUUUCGCUAUUGUGGCUUAUACCGCACGUCGACAACUCCAUUUAGAAAAGCACUUGUUUCGACUCCUCGUGCGUUCAAGCGAGAUAAAACGAAUCACACAUUUGAAACGAUGUUUGCUCAGGAAAAUUCCACGAGAAAAAUCUAUUGUAUCGAUUAAUUCAUAACGUUCGCCGAUUUUUAAAGCACUUUCUGUCGGCUUUUCGAGAAGUCGAACGACACGAUUAAUUCGAGGACGAGACACGAGUGCUGGAUUUAACCGAGAAUAAGAUAAAGAAUACAAAUUUAUGGAAAUCGCAAUUCUAACUUAUGAUACGUUGCUAUCGGACAAAACACUGUUGUUACUGUUGUUGUUAAAGAUAAUGGAAAUGUUACGUUGUUAAGGAACGACGCGAACGUACGUAGAGAGAACGAGAUUAUUGGUUAACUCUUUUCGAAACAAGUAUAUGGAAAGAAGAAGGGAAAAAGAGAUACCGACGAGGCGUGUCGAUUAUGCCAUAACUAAUGUAUCUUUAUCCGCUACUGUUAAGUAUCUAAAAGACAGGCGUAAGCUUUUAUCCAUAUUUCCGGUCGACGUGAGAUCUCAAACGCUGUUUCCAUCCGACACAAACACGAGAUUUCUUUUCAUCGUGUGCGCACACACGACCAUAAUUGAUAGAUACUGAUCGAAGAUAAUCAAACGCAAUUUCAUCUAACUCUAGAACGAACUAAACUUGACGAUACGUGUUUGUAUUUAAAAGAUGGAUCAUCCUUUGAACGAACGUGAGUUUCGUGCGGAAAAUUCGCGUUGAUACAACGAAUACGUUUCUUGAUAAAGCUCAGAUAUUUCUUCCUCUUCAAUGGCUCGACGAUCAUCGAAACGAUAGCGAGCUUUAAUCGAGAAUCCAGCAGCUUUAAGUCCGACGAGACUAACGUCAAACAAUAAUCGACGUGGCGUGAUGUUAAAACAAUCGACAGUCGCUUUCAUUACCGAGAAAAUAAUCUCUGACGUAAAAAUUGAAAGUCCAAUUAACGAUAAAGAUACGAUAGUGUUAAUUUAAGGAAGAAGAUGGAAGGAAAGCGGAUGUAAAAUUGAAAUUUCAUCGGUAACUAUGAUUUCUUGGUUUACAGUUAUUUCAUAAACAACGCAUCGCCGUAUUAGGUGAAACACGUUUCUUUAGAAGAAAGUGACAAUCCGAUCACGGCAAGCGAUUGUAACCGGUGCAACACGAGAAAGAGAUAACGUCGGCUUUCUUGCACAAAUGGAUUAAAUCUCAUUAAUGAAAUUUUAUAAUUGAAUUUUACAGAUUAUCAUCUAGAUUAUAGAAUAUAAAAUUGGAAGAUCAUAAAAUUGUUCUAUAAAAAUUCUUAUGAUCGUCUUAUUCUAUACAAAACUGUACAAUUAUACCAACUAUUUGCGUAACAGAAACGUAUAACUUAAAACUUGUUGCCUCUCUAUCUCUCUCUCCCAACUUACUGGUAUUAUUCGUAAAUUAUUGUGCAAGAAGGCGUUGAUAGUAGAAACUAACUGAUGUAAACCUAACAAUCGUGCGCACACACGAAAUAGCGGCCUUAAUGAUGAUUUUUCAGCGUCGUACUCGUGAUCUCCGAAGACUCUCGUACCCGUAAUUGUAGACUAGUCGUCCUUACACGAACGAUAGGCUUCCUUUCGCUAUUUUCAUCCGAGAUUCGUGUCCUUUGCGUAUUCAUCUCCCACCAGGACUCUUCCGAUCGGCGGAUCAUCGUCAUUUUAUCCUAGAAACGAUUGUUUUUCAUCAGUGUGGACGAAACGAUGAUGUGCCAAAUAAUUUUUAUAAGCAAGAUCGAGUAACGAAUGAAAAAAAAAAAAGAAAAGAAACGCAGCAAAUUAGAAAUCCGUUGGCUGAAUAUAAGCAUAUCAGUAACAUCGUCGAGCGAUUAAUUUCCUUUUCACAGUAACAACGGAAUUUUUGCGGGUGAAUUUAACGUAACGUUGAACAGUAGUAACGUUCGCGAUGGUCACAACGAGAGUAAUUGUAUUUAAAUAAAUUUUACCGGCACAUUUUCAAAAAUUCUUUGGCACUAAGAAACUACGGAACUUUGUUCUCGAUCGAUUUGCUAUCGUUUCACUGGAAAAUACAACGAAAUACAAUUUCACAAAUUUCUCUCUAAAUUAUACUCAUUGAACGCGAAGAGCGCUUCAAGGUUUGUUUCGUUAUUAAACUGAACUUAUGAGAUUAUCAUAUAUAAUCUCGUUAUGUAUGAUACGAAUAUUAAACAUUUUAUUAAAGAUUUAUUAGAAGUUUCUCAUUAUUUAUACGUUUAGCAUUGUUUUCUAUACGAAGUCCAACAAAAUGUACAAAUCGUAAACACCAAAAUCAAAAGACGUUUCAUACACCAUUUAUCGCGUAAUCUAAAGCUUCGAUUCAGUACCGUUAAAAAGAAAAACGAAACGGCAAUGACGAAGCAACAAUUGUAGCAAUAUUAGCGACGGAUCAACCUGUACUACGAUCGUUAAAGUAAUACACGACGGAUCAGAAGAGUCCAGGCCAUCAUUCGCGAUAGAUCAAGUCCAAAAGGAUCGCAUCCCUCAGUGGACCCUAAGAUAGAUUAGUCAAAUACAUACAAAGAUAAUGAAGUCGAUAGCGUGGCCAUACGAUGGCCAUUUUUGUGCGAAACAAACGAAACAGAAGAGAGACGUUUGAAGAAAAAAAAAAACAAAAAAAGAAAAACAAAUGAGGAUAAAGGAAAAGGAAAAUUGAAACGGGUUAAAGGAUCGCCGCGUACAUCACGAUUUUAGGUAUGAUAAAUACGAACGCGCGUAGAAACAGUAUAAACGAUUAUACCAAUUUGUAUGUAUACUCGUGCGUAUACUCGUCUAUGUACAUAACGAAGAAGAAACGAUUGAGAAAAAUUGAAAGGGGAAAAAGAAGGUACGAUAGGACCGAGAUCGUGAUCUCUCUCGAGUGUCCUCGUUCGUGCUUCUUCGUUUUCACCACCGAGGAUAUUAGCGACAAGAGAGAAAAAAAAUAUACCUUAGGAUUAGCGUAGACCAGCAGAGAAGUAAGUUUAGCGACGAAAAACCUCGCCAACUGGAGAUCUUUUUUCGACGGCCUCGAACAAGGAGGCGUUGUAUUUGUGUCUGCGUACAUUUUUAAUGGGAAAAAAAACGAAACAAGAUUAUAUUAAUGAUAAAAUAAAAUUACCAAAAAAAGAUAAAGAUUGAUAAAAAAAAAUGGUAACAUUGAUAAGCAUUAAAGAGGAUAAACGAGGUUUGCGAGUUCCGCGACAGAUCAGGGAAAGAUGGCGGACAAGGCAUAUGGUACGUUAAUAACACGACGAAGCCAUUCACAGAUAUCCCGUAUGCACACAUUAUUUCUACGUUACGAGUAAUAUCGUCGACCAAUCGUCUCGCGGAACGCGCAAACCGACGGCUUAAGGAACAUAUGUGGCACAUGAUUGUAUGUUGUUUCAAAUAAAACAUUGUUGUUUUGUAUACUACACUCA